CCCAAAAUGUUCCACAUGUUCUAAUGAAGGAACCCAGACUCUGAUCAGGUCCUGGUAUCAGCUGCUGGAUCCACAGAUUAAACUAAAGAAGCUUUUGUUCUUCAAGUAGAUCCUUCUGAUGGACUAAAGGCAGAACCCAGAACCACUCCUUCUAUGGUGUUGAAAGGAACCAAAAUAAAUGCUGGACCAGAACCUCUGACCUGAGACCCGUUCCUGUUCCCCUCCCAGUGCUCCCAGUGGUUUGACUGGAGGAACCAUUUGCUGCCUUCAGGUGUCCGCUCACCUGAGGAGGUUCUGCUAUCAGAACUCUGCAGCAGAACCACAGCACCCUCCCGAACGAGAGUCCAGACUGUUUAAACGUUAGCAUGACGCAGUGGAAACACCUUUUAUUUACAGCUGGCUUUGAUAAAUCUGAUAAAUAACGACAGGAACACGUUCACCGCCGUGGUUUUAUUGAAGCUUUUAUUGUGAAAUGCGUCUUACGGAGCCGGUGUUUAAUGUUGAAAUGUCAAACGGAUGUGUGUGUGUCUGUUGUCGCUUGACUCGCAGAGUCAGCUCUUAGUUUAGCGUGUUAGCAUGUUACAGUAACCGGGACUAACCGGGCCGAACCGGACCGAACCGUGAAUAACGAACGGUCGGUUUUGGCGGCAGAAUGGAGACGUUCAGUAAGCUAACCAGUAUGCUGCUGCACGCGCUCGAGACGAGGGAGCCUACAGUCGACCUGCUGGACUCGUUCAUUGAUCACUGGAAAUCAAUUACUAAUUAUUACAUCGAGACUACAGAUGACAGUCGUCCUGUCAGACAGACAGACAUCCCAUGGCGUCUCAAACAGAUGUUGGACAUCCUGGUGUACGAGGACAAACAACAGGCUCCAGAGGACACAGGACCGUGUCUGGAGUAUCUGCUGCAACACAAGCUGCUGGAGACUCUGAGCACUCUGGGGAAGGCCCAGUAUCCGCCAGGAAUGUUCCAGCAGGUUCUGCUGUUCUUCUCCAAGUUCCUCUCUCAGAUGCAGAAGCCGCUGCUUCACCUGGUGAACAUCUACAGACCUGUGCAGAAGCUGAUUCGUCUCUGUGCACUUCCUGGUUCGCACACCGAGAAGGAGGAGGCUCAGUUCCUAUUGGUGAUCUGCUCCAGAGUCAAACAGGACCCACACGCGCUCAGAUACGUCCUGGAGAUUCUGGACCAACCAGCAGCCGUGAUGGCAGCCUCUUACCAAUCACAGAGCAGGACACAGACCUCCAGUCACAGGACAGAGCCACAACAGUCCUGCAGCCAAUCAAGUCCAUCUGCCUCCAGUCCUGUCCAAUCAGAGAGUCUUCUGCUGUCAGCUCUGCUGCAGCUCUGCAGGAGUCAGAGGGCGCCGGUGAGGCUGAAGGCCUUUGAAAGCGUGGUGCUGCUGGUGGAGCUCCAGGCUGCAGGGGAGCUCCUCACCCACCACACGCAGCUGGGAGAGUUGCUGGCUGGGAGGCUGCUGGAGCUCUACUCCCUGCUGCCUCUGGAGAACCUGGACCCUCUGGAGCUGCAGAACUGGCCUCACACUGCCUGGAGCGCUCAGUUCUCCGGCUGCAGCUCAGAGGCUCCAGAUCACAUGACCAACUUCUUCUGCUGGUUGGACUUCCUGGAUCACCUGAUGAGGGCGGCCCCACAGGUGUUGUCGGAGGAGCUGGCUCAGUGUGUUCAUCAGUUGUGGCUGUUAAAGGUUCUUCAUCCUCAGCUGCUGCACACGUGUGAGCAGGUGGUCCUGGCCUCCACCUCUGUCCUCUGUGCUGCCGUCAGACUGGUCCAGUCCUCAUCUCUGUUGGACCAACUGGUCCACUUCCUGCUGAGGACGGACGCUCUGACUCAGCUGCUGAUGCAGCGCUGCGACCACAUCUCCGACCAGAUCAGCCUGGUGUCUCUGUCUCUGGUGGAGGAGCUCCUACAGAAGCCUCACAGGGACAUUCUGGACGUUCUGGUGUUGACGUUCCUGCAGAGUCGCAGUUACCUGAGUUCACCUGCUGCAGGUCAGGAGGACAAACCGCCUGAGAGCAGCGAGGACAGCGAAGACCUGGAGGAAGACCCGUUCUUCUCAGACAGCUUGUCCUUCUCAGACGAUGUUCUCCCUCCUCAUCCUCCUGCCUCCGGACCGGGAUCAGCUGACGUGGUCAACAGUUUCUUGUGUCUGGUACCUGUCCAGGUGAGAUCAGCUCAGCUGCUGCAGGAGGGAGGAUACGAGUCGUACGUCCACGAUGCUCACACACUGGUGGCUCAGUGUCAGCAGCUCUCUCUGUCCUGGGAUUGGCCGCUCAGCCUGCCUUGCUCCGCCUCCCGUUCAGGUGAGGAGGUCCACUUUUUCGAGGGUCACCUGCUGAAAGUUCUGUUUGAUCGACUGGGACGUAUCCUGGAGCAGCCGUACGAGGUGAACCUGCAGCUGACGGCUGUUCUGUCCAGACUGUCGUCCUUCAGCCACCCUCUGCUGCACGAGUACCUGCUCAACCCCUACAUCCACCUGUCGCCCUGCUGCAGGUCGCUGUUCUCCGUCCUCAUCAGGCUGAUGGGACAGGUGAUGCAGAGGAUCCAGCAGGUAUCUCACCUGUCAAACAGACUGCUGGACACCAGGAGACACCUGCUGGGACUAAAACAGGAAACUGGCUGUGACUCUUACCUGUUGGACUGAUGAUGUCACAGCUCACCUGACUCACCUGUGUCCUCAGACUGGAACACCUGACGCUGCUCAGGGGAGUCGUUGUUCUUGAGGAGUUCUGCAAGGAGCUCGCCGCCAUCGCCUUCGUCAAGCUGCCGCUGGACCAGGACCACCUGGACCAGGACUGACUGGACCAGGACCACCUGGACCAGGACCACCUGGACCAGGACUGACUGGACCAGGACCACCUGGACCAGGACUGACUGGGCUGGAUCACCAGGGUCUGGUCCUUCUGAGUGCACAGUAACGGUUCCACCUGAAGGAGCAGGUGUGAAUCCCACCUGGUCCUUUAGGUGGACCGAGGACCUGAUUGAAGGCUUCGUGUUUGAGGGACGACAAUCUGAGUUUUUUAAUCUGGUCUUUGAAGAAGCAGCAAGACCAGGUGUUCUCAGGUGUUCUGUUAGCGGGACGUUCUGAUGUGAUCGUAUUUAGCAUCUCCAGAUCCAUCCUUCAGUGGACACAGAUCAGUUAGAACCCGUGGAUCGGAUCAGAACGUCCUGACCGCUUCCAGCCAGUCACACGCUGUUUCUAGGCAGAUUUUAAUGAUAAUUUCCGAGGAACCCGAUAGAGAACCUGAACCGACAAACUGUCACGAGAACGUCUGAGUUCUACCAGAGAGAACCGAAGGAGCAGCAGCACCUCAAACGUUCCCUAAGAGGGAAGAGGAGAACCUUUAAAGAAUCAUUUUAGAACUUAAAUUAUUUCACAGAUUUUAGGUUGAAUAUCGGACACAUUAAGAAAAGUGUUUUAUAUGGAACAUACAACAUACGUGUUCCAGAGCAGAACCCGUCACUGGAACUAGAACCUGCAGGAACCCAGUCAGAGCUGAAUGUGAAAACAUGUUUCUGUUCGUUUUGUGUGUUAAAGUGCAACGGAACAGUUUUAUCCCAAAACAACUUAAUGGAUUUAUUAAUUAUUGGACUGAUUGAUUAAUUAAUGAACUGAUUGAUUAAUUAAUGGAAUGAUUUAUGAAUGAAUGAAUGCGACUUUAUCUCUGAACCAUUGUGAUAAAUGUUUUUGUUCAGAACCUUUGAAAACUUUUUCUGUUCUAGCUUCAUUUACCUCGAAGUACCUCCAGAGACAGAAGAAGAAGAACGUUCUUUUGUCAGAAAACCUCCAUGUUCUACUGUCUGAGGAGAACCAGGACCUGUGCAGACCUCGGUGUUCUUCUUCUUUAGAAUGUUUUCAUGUAGUUUGUUUCUGUUUGUGAAUAAAAAGUGAGAAGACAGAA